UGUCAUUAACAGCUGAUUGACUUUAUAACCUCUCCGCUUGCUGUUUUUAUCCAAUUUUUAUCUAAUAUUGAGCUCCUCUCACAGUAAAUUAUGGAAAAAUUAGUAAAAUUUGGAACUACUAUUCGAAAUAAUUGGAAAAAAUCUGUAGUGGGUGUAAUUGCACUUUACUAUGGAGCCGCUACCGCCAAGGAAAAAAUUGAGAUCAACAUCCUUAUGCGGGCAGCAUGCAAAGAAGCUGUUCGGUAUGGGGACUCACUAAUCCCUAUGGAGAGGAACCCAACUUUAGUCACAGUUAUUCUGAAUCCAGUAGCAAAUAAACGUAAAGCCAAAAAAGACUUCGAGAACUACUGCGAGCCUCUGUUCCACCUCGCUGGGCUACAGUUGGACGUUAUUCAGACAGCUGCUGAGGGCAAUGCUAAGGAAAUAGUGGAAAGCCUCAAAGGGACAGAGGCUAUCAUUGUGGCAGGAGGUGAUGGGACUUUGUCUGAGACAGUAACAGGUCUUUUGAGAAGAAAUGAUGAUGCCAACCAAUUUCCCUUGGGUAUUCUGCCCCUUGGUCGCACAAACGCAUUUGGCAACUCCCUGUUCCCAGGUGGGGAUGGUGUUGAGAAGGUCAAACAGCUUAUACAAGCUUGCAUGGCCAUCAUAGAAGGCAACACAGAGUGGAAAGAUGCUAUGAAGAUUGAACCUAUUCCUGAGGAGAAUGAGGAACACAGCAGGCCUAUUUAUGCCCUCACCUCAUUAGAAUGGGGAGCAUUCAGAGAUACAUUUGCAAAGAAAGACAAGUAUUGGUUUUGUGGUUCACUGAGAGAGUAUGCCUCAUUUAUUUUUAAUGGUUACAAAGACUCACUCUCUUGGAAUUGCAGUGGAGUGAUCAAAUACACACCCCCUUGCGCAGGAUGUAGUAACUGUGUUCAAAAGAAGCCAGAGGUGAAGAGAAAAUGGCUAUUUUUCAUACCAAGCACACAAGCAGCACAGCAACUUGACAGCUCCAAGGUAGAGAACCCAGAGUGCUCCGUUUCCCAGGAACUCUGUUUCAAAACUUGUGACUUUAAAAUACAGCCAUAUAAGAUCCAAAACCAUUUGCCAGCGUUGGGGAUUAUGCUAGGAAGAGGCUCAUAUUCAUACACGGAGUUUGUGUCUGAGGGGUGGGACCGUAUUAAGAAGAAAGCCAGUCAACCUGAUGUAAUACCAGCAAGAUCUGUUGAACUCAUCCCUAACAAACCCACAAAUGAAGUAAUGAUUGAAAUCGAUAAAGAAGAAUUUGAAGUAAAGCCUGUGAAAAUAACAUUGUUGCCAAGAAUUGUCAAAUUGUUUUGUAAAUCUGGAUUAAAUACUAUUUAAAUGAAAUCUCAA